CGGGAGCGUCAGGACGGCCGCGCGGGAAGCGCUCGGGAGCCCGGGCCCGCAGCCGCAUCACCCGGGGCGCGGCGCGGAGCCGCCGGGCCCGGCCCCGGCAGAGCUCGGCCCGGGCGCACCCCGGGCUCGGGCACGGCGGCCGUGAGGGUGAGGGCUGCAGGCAGCCCGGAGAGUGCUCUGGAAACCGGUGUUUGGCACCGAAAAUAGGCUGCCAGUAGCACACAAGACAAUGAUAAAAUAUUCCCAGCGACAGGACGAGGAGCAGUGGCCAUAAAGUGAAACAGAAGAGGUUUCACCUCAGCAUGAGGAAGGACCACACACUGAGGGUGGCAGAGCACUGGGAGAGCUGCCCGGGGUGGUCAUGGAUCUCCCUCUCCGGAGACAUUCCAAACCCACCUGGACGUGUUCCAGUGUCACCUGCUCCAGGUGACCCUGCCUGGUUGGGCUGGAUGGUUUCCAGUGAUGCCUUUCCAACCCUGACUGUUCUUGUGGAAAUUAGAGGACUUGCCUGUUUGAAUUCCCGGUUCACUUGCUGAUGUAAAUGCAAACUUUAGAUUACUUUCCAUUUAUUAAGCCGUUUAAAGUCAGCUGCAGUGCUCAGCUUGCCUGUGGUGUGCUUCCCUGCCUGGUAAGACAAGCUAGAGGACAGUAGCAUUGCAUGCCGGAGGAUUGCAGAUGGAAAAGGAAGAGCCAAGGAAAGUCUUUUAAGUAUUACAGAAUAAAGAAAUGUGGCCUGAAUGGAGUUGUCUGUGCCAUGUAAUCGCUGUGAAGUUUUGUAAUGGCAGAAGCUAGGUCUUCAGGAAUCAAAAGAUCACGAGUAAGUUUGUCACUCAGUAAAAAUAAGAAGAAAAAAGAAACAACAGAAAAAGUGGAAGUUAUAGGAACACCAUCUACAUCUUCAGCAUCAUCCUCUAUUACUUCCUUUUUUAACAAUGCUCCCCCUGCCAAAGUUAGCUGUCCCUUGUGUGGGCAAUUGGUGCCAAGAUAUGGAAUAAAUAAGCACAUUGAUGAAACAUGUCAGAGAAACCGUGGUGAGACUGGUGCUAUUGAUACUACACUGAAUUCUUUUAGGAAUAAGAGUCCCCCAGCUGCAAAUCUGAGCAAUAAUUCCAGCUCAUAUUUUUCAAAGAACCUUUCAAAUCUAGAAACAAGUCCUUCCAAAAGUAAUUUGUUGAAAGCAGGAGGGAGUGCAGCACAACAGACUAGUCCUUAUUUUAGCAAAAAUGGUUCAGUCUUUAGUGUGAACAAUGAAUCCCAGGCUCGAACAGUUAGAACAGUGUCCUUGGGAAGCUUGUCUGCCAAGCUGUCCAGAAGAUGCUCUCUGCAGGGAGGAAAACAGGUCCUGUACGAAGAGAUCAACCCUUCACCUCCAGCUGUUCACAGUGCAACUGCUGCAGCACCUGGUGAUGAUGAUGAUGGUGGUGAGAUUGAUGCUGGGCAGGGUUCUCAGAAGGAAAAUCAGCCUUCUCAGAGAGAGCACCAGGAACAACAUUUUUCAAAGAGAGAACGUGAAUUUCAAAACGAAAUAAACAAAUGUAAUCCAGAAGAGUUUGUGGAUAUGGUUCAAGUACAAUUACUGGCUGAUAACAGUGAUGACAAAAGGUUCCCACCUGGAGCAAGGAGCACCAAAGCAGAAAGCAGCUCUGAAGGUGGGACACUUAGUCCUGAUAAAUGUGGAACAUCUCUAGCCACCCAUACUUCAGCAGAGCAGAGCAGUAAUUUGGAAAUUGAGACUCAGCCUCACACUGGGGUUACUCCUUCAAAGACAGAAGUGAGCGGUGGGACAGAAAAUUGCUGUAGCAGGGAUGAUGCAGAGGUACUUCCUGUGGAAGUUCUGGAAGACUUUAAGAAUGACAUGAACCAUACUUUGUUAGAAACUGUGGAAAAGACAGAAUCUCAGGAUUCCACUGGGGAUAUUCUAGACAAAAUAGAUGAGGUCCUCUCUGUGCCCAGCUCUCGUGGUCACCCAUACUACCUCCAGAAUUUUUUAGUAGUGCUGCGAGCAGUAUUGCAGAAUGAAGAUGAUGUCAGACUAUUUAAUGAACAAGAUUUGAACAUUAUAACCAAGUUCUACAAAUUAUCAGUUGGUGGGCAGAAGUUGUAUGUGAGACUUUUUCAACGCAAGCUGAACUGGUUAAAGGUGAACAAAAUAGAGUAUGGAGAGAUAAGUGUGGAUUUGUCACCGAUAAUUGAAGAACUGGCUGAAGCCAGAUUCCUACAAACAGAAUCUGAAUUGGAAGACCUGUGUGAAGGGUUGGAUUUGCUUUCAGCCCCUGAGCUAAAAACACUGGCAAAAAUCUUUCACUUGCCAAACCCAAAUGGUCAGAAACAGCAACUUGUGGAUGAUUUUCUGAAGUUGUCAAAGCAGCGUUCAAUCUUCAGCAGGAGCCAGGCUGGUAUUGGGACAGUGAUUUUAAAAAGGGUGAAGGAGCUGGCUGGAAGAUGUGUCAGGGUCUGCAGGGGCCCUCGGGCUGUCUUUUCCCGAAUCCUGCUGCUGUUUUCACUGCCUGAGUCACUGGAGGAGGAAGAAGCUGGCAGUGCUGGUCAAGGCCUGCUCUCCACAGUCCUUAGGGCAAACAUGGGGCAAAUGGUGUUCCCCAGUUACACAGUAAACAGGAAAACACAGGUCUUCCAGGACAGAGAGGAUCUCAUCAGGUAUGCAACUGCUGUUCAUCUGUCAAAUGAUAUAGCCACUGCAAUGGUAAAUGGGAACUGGGAAGAAGCUAAUAAUCUCUACUUGCAUGCUAAAGAAACCUGGAGUGAACUGAAGAAUCACCCCUCUUUGAGCUAUCACAGAAUUUUACCUGAUUACCUGCGACGUUUCACGGUUGGCUGGGUGUACACAAGAAUCCUUUCUCAAGGAGUUGAGAUUCUGCAGAGACUUCACAAGUAUAAGGAAGCAGUGCAGCAGCUGCAGAGCCUCCUGGCCCAGGAUGUGUAUUGUGCUGACAGCAGAGGGAGAUGGUGGGAUCGACUGGCUCUGAAUUUACAUCAGCACUUGAAAAACACUAAGAAGGCCAUUGGCUGCAUCCGGAGGGGGCUGGCAGACCCGGCCGUGCGCACCGGGCACCGCCUGUCCCUGUGCCAGCGCGCCCUGCGCAUCAGGGACUCGCCCAGCUGCAAGCAGUUCCAGGGCCUGCUGCAGGACCUGCCCCUGCUCACCGUGCAGGAUGUCACUCACGUUACAAUCAGUGGAAAGAUGUGUCCUCAGACGGGAAUGGGAAAAUCUGUGUUUCUCGUGGAGGACAUUGGUGAUGGAGAAGGAGGCCAAGACUGCAGUGUGUCCACAGUCAUGUGCUCAGUUGAGGAGCUGGCAUUAACUCACUACAGGAGGAAUGGUUUCGACCAGGGUAUUCAUGGGGAAGGCUCAACGUUUAUUACACUGUAUGGGAUUCUAAUGUGGGAUAUCAUUUUCAUGGAUGACAUACCUGACGUGUUCAGAAAUUCCUAUCAGACAUCCCCCCUGGAUUUAUACACUGACAGCUUCUAUGAGAACAGGAGGGCUGUCAUUGAGGCCAGGCUCCAGCAGCUUCACACAGCUUCCUCGGAGACGCUGGCAGAGUUGGUUGCUGAUGUCUGGACCACUCAGGAGGGAAAAGCAGCAGCCCUGGUUAACUGGGGACGUUUUAUUUCCCUUCAGCAAGUCCAGAGCCUGGUCUCUUGCCUUGGAGGAACGUUCCUGAGCGGAGUUUUCCGGCGGCUUUCCAGGGACCUGCGGCACUGCCGGGGCGGCCUGCCCGACCUGCUGGUGUGGAGCUCCCACAGCCAGCACUUCAAGCUGGUGGAGGUGAAGGGCCCCAACGACCGCCUGUCUCCCAAGCAGAUGCUGUGGCUGAGUGAGCUGCACAAGCUGGGGGCUGCAGUGGAGGUUUGUCACGUGCAGGACGUUGGAGGCAAGAGCAAACGCCUCAGUUGACAGAGGUUGGGUCAUGUGGGGCACUCUGUUCUUAAAGGAACACACACCAAUGGCUGCUGCUGCUGCUUAUUAAAAAUAGUUUCUUUUAA